AGACAGAAUCUUCUUCUUUCUCGUGCAACAGAACCCAAAGUUAUUCUGCUUCAAAUUUCCCCUCAGACACACUGUAUCAAAUACAGCAAGACUCAAUUUUCGGUGAAAGUUUUUAAAAUUUUUCUGAUUUUAUUUUAAAGUGUUUCUUUAAUAUUUUUUUUUCUUUUCUUCAAAUAUUUUUAACUAAUCAAUAAAUCGAGCUUUUUAAGAAAAAAAAAAACUGUGUGAGAUAUUCAGUGAAUUGAGGAUGAUUUGUUAGAAAAAAAAAGUUCUUUCUUUCAUAUAGAUGCCGCCUAGCACAAUGAAGUUAAUCCUGCUAUUUUGCACUAUCAUCCUCGCCACUCACCACACCGCUGCUGUGGCCGAGGUACAAGAUUACGAGCUUUCCCGGGGAAGUGAAGAAGUAGAUGCCAAUCAGCCACCUCUGCAGCUGCAUCAGUUUUCACAGCAUCGGCACGUUCGGAGUGACAACACGGAAAUUGAGGCGCGUCGUCGAAGUUCGCUGGAUAAGAAUUUCAUGAGAUUCGGAAGGGCUGAUAAGAACAUCUUGCGCUUCGGACGACCAGAUAACAAUUUUAUUCGUUUCGGAAGAACUGAUAAGAAUAUCCUGCGCUUUGGGCGACCAGACAACAAUUUUAUUCGCUUCGGAAGGACUUCUGAAUUCGUUCGUCCACUGGGCGAAAGUACCGAACGGAGGAAGAAGGCAAAAAAUCCAAAAAUCGAAUGGAAUGAUGGGAAACAGGAUGAGAAUUUCAUGAGAUUCGGACGGAAUCAGAAGACAAAUUUUCUCCGAUUGGGUCGCUCACAGGAAAAAGGAGGAGGUGGUGGUACUCAGCAGAAUCCCCAAACAAAGAAUAUCCUCAGAUUCGGUAGAUCAGAAAACUUUAUGCGAUUCGGACGGAGUGGAGGAGACCCCGCUGAAGCCCCAAAUUCAGACGAAUUUCCCGAAGAAGCUCCGGAAGAUGUGAAAUCCUUCCUGGACUUCCUACCCGCUCUGGCUGAUGAUGAAUCUUUAGUUAUACCACCAAAUUACUUAAUCCCCAAGGAGGACGACAAUUGAAAUGGAAGUUUAUUGUGCCGAAAGAACAGACACGAAGAUGAAGUUCCCAGUUCUGGCUGGUUUGGGGACUUCCUCGUCGUUUUGCCAAUUUUAUGCACAUUCUCCACCAAAUAUGUAAAUUCUCGUUAAUAAAAUUAUUUUCUAAGCAAGUU